AUGGCCAGCCCUAAAGCCACAGGGCUCUCCUGGGAGAUCACUUGGCUUGCUAUUGCUAUCUGUGCUCACCUACAGACGAGAGCAGAGCAAUCCCAAGGUGCAUACUUCUUGCCUGAGUUUGCACUUUCUCCACAGGGGAGUUUUCUUGAGGAUACCACGGGGGAACAAUUCCUCACUUACCGUUAUGAUGACCAGACCUCCAGAAUUACCCGCUCUGAUGAAGAUAAGGAAGGUUCCUGGGAUGCCUGGGGGGCCUGGAGUGAUUGCUCACGGACCUGUGGUGGGGGAGCCUCCUACUCGCUGAGGAGAUGUUUAAAUGGCAGGAACUGUGAAGGUCGAAAUAUUCGAUACAAAACCUGCAGUAGUAAUGACUGCCCUUCAGAUGUUGGUGACUUCAGAGCACAACAGUGUUCAGCCUACAAUGAUGUCAAAUACCAGGGACAUUUUUAUGAGUGGAUUCCUGUGUAUAACGAUCCUACUGCACCGUGUGCCCUGAAAUGUCAAGCUCUGGGAAAGAACUUGAUUGUGGAGCUUGCCCCAAAAGUACUAGACGGUACUCGUUGCAAUGUUGAAUCCUUGGACAUGUGCAUCAGUGGAAUAUGCCAGGCAGUAGGCUGUGAUCGACAACUUGGGAGCAAUGCCAAGGAAGACAACUGUGGAAUCUGUGCAGGAGAUGGUUCAACAUGCAGGCUUGUGAGGGGACAAACUAAGGCACAUGUCUCACCAGAAAAAAGGGAAGAAACCGUGAUUGCUGUACCACAUGGGAGUCGCAGUGUGAGAAUUACCCUAAAAGGACCAGCACACCUUGUUAUAGAAUCAAAGACACUACAAGGAGACAAGGGAGAGCACAGUUUCAAUGCUCCUGGAACAUUUGUCAUAGAAAAUACAACUGUUGAAUUUCAGAAGAGUACAGACAGGGAAAUCAUAAAGAUCCAGGGACCUCUUGGAGCAGAUUUCAUUAUCAAGACCAGGUACUCUGGAUCAAAAGAGAGUGUGGUUCAGUUCUUUUUCUAUCAACCCAUCAGUCAUCAAUGGAGACAAACAGACUUUUUCCCCUGCACAGUGACGUGUGGAGGAGGUUAUCAGCUUAAUUCAGCUGAAUGUGUGGAUAUUCGUCUGAAGCGUGUUGUUCCUGACCACUAUUGUCAUUACUAUCCAGAAAAUAAGAAACCAAAGCCCAAGCUAAAAGAGUGCAACAUGGAUCCCUGCCCGUCUAGUGAUGGAUUUAAAGAAAUCAUGCCCUAUGAUCACUUCCAGCCACUUCCUCGGUGGGAACAUAACCCUUGGACUGCAUGUUCAGUUUCCUGUGGAGGUGGUAUUCAGAGGAGAAGUUUUGUGUGUGUUGAGGAGACCAUUCAUGGAGAGAUCCUACAAGUGGAAGAAUGGAAAUGCAUGUAUGCCCCUAAGCCCAAAGUCAUUCAAACCUGCAAUCUGUUUGAUUGUCCUAAAUGGGUGGCAAUGGAAUGGUCUCAAUGCACGGUGACCUGUGGCCGAGGCUUGCGUUACCGAGUGGUGCUGUGUAUUGACCACCGUGGGCAGCAUGUCGGUGGCUGUAAUCCACAGCUUAAACUACACAUAAAAGAAGAGUGCAUCGUGCCAAUACCAUGUUACAAGCCAAAAGAAAAAAAUCCUGUAGAAGCAAAAUUGCCGUGGUUUAAACAGGCACAUGAAAUGGAAGAGACCAGAACAGUCUCAGAAGAGCCAACGUUUAUACCUGAACCCUGGUCUCCAUGCAGUGCCACAUGUGGCAAUGGCAUACAGGUGCGAGAUGUGAAGUGCCGAAUUCUUCUGGCGUUUACUCAGACUGAGGUUGAACUACCCGAGGAGGAAUGUGAAGAUGUGAAGCCACCAACAGAACGAGUCUGUCACCUGGCGUCCUGCGACAGUGAUCCUGUCCCCUACACACCAGAAUUUUCGCAUGCUGAAGAUGGCAGUGUGAUUUAUGACUGGGAAUACAUUGGUUUUACUCCUUGUUCAGCCACAUGUCUUGGAGGAACACAAGAAGCCAUUGCAAUGUGUCUGCAUGUGGAGACAAAACAAGCUGUCAAUGAAACCCUGUGUGACAAUUCCAAGAGACCACCACCAAUGACUCGUACUUGCAAUACGAAGAUUUGCCCUCCGAGGUGGCAAAGUGGCACCUGGAGACGCUGCUCAGCGACGUGUGGGGUUGGGAUACAGACAAGAGAUGUCUACUGCCAGCAGCCGGGAGGAUCUACUGUUGCUGCUGAAGACUGCAAAGAUAAAAAGCCUCAUUCUUUACAAGCUUGUAACCAGAUUGAUUGUCCCCCUGUUUGGCAUGUCGAGGAGUGGCAACAGUGUUCACGUACUUGUGGAGGAGGGCUUCAGACACGCAAAGUGUACUGUAAGCAGCUGUUGACAGAUGGAAGUUUCCUGAAACACUCUGAUGAUGUCUGCCAGGCACCUAAAUUGCCAACUAGUAAACCAUGUGCAAAAGUUGAUUGUCCUCCUCAGCUAGUCGUAGGAGAAUGGUCCAAGUGCUCAGUAAGCUGUGGUGUUGGAAUCCAGAGAAGGAAACUUGCCUGCCAAAACCUAACAGCAAAGGGCCAAUAUGUCACAUUAAAUGGAUCAAUGUGUAGUGGUCUGUCUCCUUCACUGCUUGUAAGGUCUUGUCAGAAGAACGCCUGCAACAAGAUUAAACCAAAGCUUCCAGAAAAGUAUUCUGCUCAUGGACCUCAGAUCGUCAGCGUUCACCGAGUCUAUAUUCAAACAAGACAAGAGAAGCGCAUUAAUUUUACCAUAGGAAGCCGAGCCUACUUACUUCCAAAAACAUCUGUUGUAAUUAAGUGCCCUGUACGAAGAUUCCAGAAAUCACUUAUCCGGUGGGAGAAAGAUGGACAACAGUUACAAAACUCUAAAAGACUUGGCAUCACUAAGUCAGGCUCACUGAAAAUACAUAGUCUUGAAGCUACUGAUAUUGGUGUGUACCGGUGUAUUGCGGGCUCCGUGCACGAAACGUUUGUACUCAAACUCAUUGGUACUGACAACAGAUUGAUAGAACCACCAAAUCUUAGAAAACAUACCAGUGAGACCAGUAAUGCAGAUCACAAUGAGGCCAACAGCUUGGGGGCUAAAUGGCAUAAAAUGAGCAAAAUGUGGCAGAUGUGGAGUAAGAAGAAUGAGCUCUAUCUGGGUGACAGGCAAAUAAACGAUCAGCCAUUUCUGCGAAAUCUCGAAACCUUUGGGAGUAACUCAGCAGAAGAUUUCAGCUCUCGUGAAUUCAAGAAUAAACGACUGGAGGCAGCAGUUCUCCAAGGCGCCUACAGCAUGGACACUGCACAGUUUGAAGAACUGAUAAGGAACAUGAGUCAGCUCAUCGAAACUGGAGAAGUCAAUGAUGACUUGGCAUCCCAAGUAAUUUACCAGUUAGUUGCUGAAUUAUCUAGGACUCCGCAACCAACUACUGAAAAAUGGAAAGGGACCCAGGAUGAGAAACUACCUUCAAAACUCGCAGGCAAAUCACCAAAUGAAUCUGAACGUUUCAGCACAAAACCUGUUGAUAAGUUAAUGUUUGACCAGAAGGUUCCAGUUAUUAUGAGGCAAAAGGAAAUUCGAGUUUCCUUUAACAAAACGGUAACUGUACGAAUGGGAAAUAUGGUUUUUCUGACCAAGAAUACUCAUGUUGUCAAUCUACUGUGUGAAACAGCUGGUAUUAGUGAAGUGAAAUAUACUUGGACAAAAGAUGGCGAGACAUUAAAAGCCUCUGAGAAGGUGAUCCUGGACACCAUUGGAAAAGUGCAAAUUCAGAAUCCUACUCAAAAGGAACUUGGUACAUAUAGAUGCCUGGUUGUUAAUGACUUCGGUUUUGAUAUGGAAACAUCUUUGCUAUUGCGUGCAGAGGUUCCUCUCAUCUUGUCCUCGGUGUUAAAUGUCACAAAUCUGGAGGCCAGCAAUCUCUUGGCAGUUGUUGGAGGUACAAUUGUGGCAAGAAUUGGAGCAAAUAUUAUGAUUGAAUGUCCAGUGAAAGGUGUUCCCCAACCAAACGUAACAUGGUUUAAGAAGAGAGACAUCCUACAAAUCAAUUCUUUCUUGGUUUUGAAUGGCUCGCUAUUUCUGAGGAAUGUUUCCUACGAGGAUGCAGGAACAUACACUUGCAGAGCAGCUAACGCUCUCGGAAAAGCUGAAGCUGCGACUGUUCUCUACCUGAUUGAGCAAAGAUUUACAGAGAAUAACACUGUAUUAUCAAAGGGAAGCAGAAGAAAGCGGGUCCUAAUGGCAUCUGGAAUCGGUACAAAUGUCAGUGUGGUACCUGGAGAUCCACUAAGAAUAGGCUGCCCGGUGCUGCCUGGCUACAGAAAUACAGUUCGCUGGCUUUUCGGAGGUAGUCCAAUUGAGGAAGUUAAGACCUUGGAAUACCGAGCCCUGGUUGGGGGUAAUAUCCUAGAGGUGAACACCAACUCUGGCCAAUUUGCUGGACAAUUCCAAUGUUGGACCUCAGCUACUGCAAAACCAAUGUCAGUUUGGGUAAAUGUCAAGAAGGAAGAUUAUAAAUGGGAGUAUGCAGAGUGGAGUACUUGCUCUGCUAGCUGUGGGAAUUCAGGAAGCCGCUCCAGAAGACUACAGUGCAUGAGUGCAGAGAAACAGAAAGUAAAUGAAUCGCUAUGCGGAGAGCUGCAGAAGCCGGUGGUUAUUUACCAGUCAUGCAACACAGACGACUGCCCUGCCGGGUGGGUAAAUAGUCCGUGGUCCGAGUGCUCUGCAUCUUGUGGCAAUGGAUUUCGGUAUCGACAGAUAACUUGUCAACAAGUAAAAGGCAAUGGCAGCGUGCUGACACUGCUGCCCGGUGCUUGUGUACACGGAGAUCGUCCUGCGGGAAGGAAACCCUGUGUGGGUCAUUUGUGUGCAGGGGGGACAAAAGGACAGUGUCCUGGUCGCUGUGUAGGCCGCCCUGUAGGUUUGCAGCACCGUCAGUUUAUAUGUCAACUUCGUAAUGGAUCUCUGGUGCCAAACUCUUCUUGUGAUGAAAGAAAGAGGUCUCCUGUCAGAAGAAACUGUUCUUCAGAGGCAUGUGAUGUCUAUUGGUGGACAGGCCCUUGGAGGCCCUGCAGUGUGGAGUGUGGCAGCGGAUUUCAGUCAAGACGAGUGUACUGUGUACACGGAAAGAAUAACAAACCUGUGGCUGAUCAGUAUUGUGCAUGGAGGAAGAGACCAGUGACCUGGCAACACUGCAAUGUCACAUCCUGUGGCACAGGCGAAUGCAAGGAUACAACUCACUACUGUACAUUUGUAAAGCAACUUAAGUUAUGCUUGAUAGACAUCUACAAACAAAGAUGUUGUCAGUCAUGUCAAGAAAUUUAA